UUAGCGCGCCUAAUCCAAGUUUUAGGGCUGUUUUUUUAAUUUUAUUAUCUAAUUCAAAUAGUAUGUAAAUAAAUUGUAAUAUCUAUUAAAUAUAGAUAAUUCAAUAAAAUUAUUAAACAAUUGCUUUUAUGUAAUUUGAUACGUGAAUAAACUAUUUUUUUUAUGAAUUUAUACACGUUGACGAGAAUAAGUAGAUGCCUUUUUACUACUGCUUAUUUAUCACGAAAUAAACUUACUAUUUAUACUCCCCUUAUCAUAAGAGUUUCAAACAAAACCACAUCUUUGGGAAGCCCUAUAUUUUGUGUUAGGAAAAUGUCUCAGACGAGUAUUAGAGCUUUUUUCAGUGCUACUCCAAAAAGAAGUGAAAAGAAAACAAAUGAUAUGGAUGAAAAAGCACAGACUAAUGAAGCAAUUAGUAAUGGAAAAGAUGAGACACCUCCAUCAAAUGCAAAAAGGAAAACAUCAAAGCGAACACGGUCACAGAGUAGUGAAAAUGAGUCAAGUCCAAUAAAUUCACCUGUUAUAGAAAAGAAAAAAUUAAAACGGCAGCGAAUUGAAAGUUCUGAUAGUGAAACAGAAAGCUCACCAAAUUGUCAGGAUAACCUAAGGUCAGAUAAGCCUUUAAGGACAUAUGAGUCACCGAAAAAUCUUUUUCAAAAAAUCGAAAAGCCUUUAAAUGGAAAUAAAAUAAAAACAUCCAACAAAAUUAAAUCUGAGAAUAGUACAUUAAAAAUUGAAAAUUCAAAAGAACUUUCUCCAAAGAAAACUGAAAAGAAGAGUCCAAUAACUUCCAAGAAGGUAAAAGAAGAAAAGCUAACACCAGUUAAGACUGACAUAAAGGAGAACGGUGUGAAAGAGGAGAAGAGUGAUGCAGCUCAAGUUGUUGCAGAAACAGAUUACAAUCCUGCUAAAACACGAUACCACCCAGUGAAUGAUGCAUGCUGGACUAAAGGACAGGACAUUCCAUACUUAGCACUAGCAAAGACUCUGGAAGCUAUUGAGGCUACAUCCUCUCGUCUCAAGAUGAUUGAUAUACUGAGCAAUUACUUGAGGUCUGUAAUAGCAUUGACACCGGAAGACCUACUGCCGAGUAUAUACAUGUGCUUGAAUCAGUUGGGGCCGGCCUACCAGGGCUUAGAACUUGGCAUGGCGGAGACGUACAUAAUGAAAGCGGUGGGGCAGUGCACUGGGCGCACGGUGGCGCAGCUGCGGGCCGCGGCGCGCAGUGAGGGCGACCUGGGCAUCGUGGCGGAGCGCGCGCGCGCUUCCCAGCGGACCAUGAUGCGCCCCGCGCCUCUGCGCCUGCGCAACGUGCACGCCGCUCUGCGCCAGGUCGCCAAUAUGACGGGACAGGCAUCUGUCAACAAGAAGAUAUCCAAGAUACAGUCUCUGUACGUGGCCUGCAGGCAGUCUGAGGCGCGGUAUCUGAUCAGAUCGCUCGAAGGUAAGUUGCGCAUCGGUCUGGCGGAGCUGUCCGUGCUACAGGCGCUGGGAGCUGCGUGCGCGGCCACGCCCCCCGCAGGCCGACACGCCGGGGAGCUGGAUGUCAGCGGGCUGCUCAACCAGCAACAGUACAAGGCUCGCGUAGAUGAAUGCGCGCUCACAAUAAAGACGACGUACUGCGAGUGCCCCAACUACGACCUGAUAGUGCCGGCGCUGCUCACCCACGGCGUGGAGGCCCUGCCGCAACACUGCCGCCUCACACCCGGGGUGCCUCUCAAGCCAAUGUUGGCGCACCCCACUAAGGGGGUGCACGAACUGUUCACCAGGUUCGUGGGCGAGCCGUUCACGUGCGAGUGGAAGUACGACGGCGAACGUGCGCAGCUCCACGUGCCCGGCCACGAGCGAGCCGAACUGGCGCGUGCUGCCAUCUUCAGCCGCAACCAGGAGAACAACACCAGCAAGUACCCCGACGUGAUAGGGCGGCUGGAAUCACUACUAAAGCCAUCGGUGCGCAGCUGUGUGUUGGACUGUGAGGCGGUCGCCUACGACACCAGCACGCAGCAGAUACUUCCCUUCCAGAUCCUGUCGACCCGCAAACGCAAAGACGCGUCGACAAAGGACAUCAAGGUGCAGGUGUGCAUGUUUGUAUUCGACCUGCUGUACCUCAACGGAGAGGCUCUCGUGCGGCGCCCGCUGCUGGAGCGGCGCCAGUUGCUGCGGGAGCACUUCAACACUGUGCUAGGUGAAUGGGAGUUUGCGCGAGGCCAGGAUUGCAGCACUGGCGAAGAGGUGGAAGCGGAGCUGCAGGAUGCCAUCCGCGGCUCGUGCGAGGGGCUCAUGGUGAAGGCGUUGUCGGGAGCCCGAGCGCACUACGACAUCGCGACCAGGUCGCACAACUGGCUCAAGUUGAAGAAAGACUACCUGGAGGGGUGUGGCGACAGCAUCGACGCGGUAGUGAUCGGCGGGUACCUGGGGCGCGGGCGCCGCUCCGGUGUGUACGGCGGCUUCCUGCUGGCGUGUUACGACCCCGAUACCGACAGUUACCAGUCGCUCUGCAAGAUCGGCACCGGCUUUUCCGACAAUGACCUGGCCACGCUCAGUGAGGACCUCAAUAAGGAUCUCAUUGACGCCCCCCGGAACUACUAUAGGUUCGAGUCGAGCCUGAAGCCGGACGCGUGGUUCUCGGCGCGGUGCGUGUGGGAGGUGAAGUGUGCGGACCUGUCGCUGUCGCCCGCACACCACGCCGCGCUUGGCCUGGUGGACGCGCACAAGGGCAUCUCGCUGCGAUUCCCAAGGUUUAUCCGCGUGCGCGAUGACAAGAGCCCGGAGCAGGCCACGAGCGCGCGUCAGAUCUCGCAGCUGUACCUGGCGCAGGACCAAGUGAAGAACUCCGCGCAGUCCGCCGCCAGCGACGAACCGCUCGACUUCUAUUAGCUCCGCCCACAACACGCCGCGCGUGUAACAACACUGUUAUUGUAUAUUAAAAAAAAUGUUUGAAUAAAUAUAUAUAAUUGUAACUAAA